AUGGUGCAGAGUGCAUCACCGGCGCACAACAACACGAUGCCAACCGACGCAGAGGGGGACAGACGGUGGUGGUGGUGGUGGUGGGGUGGGUCGUGUCUCUCAGUUCACACCCUGGGCGCCGGUGACACGCCCUCGUGGAGGAGCACGCCAUCGCAUCAUGUGAACCUGCAGGCACCAACCUGCAUCGCCCUGACGCACACAACCAACCUAGCCGAAGUCAAGGUCACAAAUCACACCUCGUGCACCUAA